AUGUCGACUUUGCAGCAAGUAGCUCUUUUAAUGUUCCUGAUCUUCUUACCAAUGGGUAGGGGUGUAUUUUGUAACUUGCUCCUCUUUAAUAUUUCCUCAGUACAUUGCAUAAGUUAUAUAUCCCCCAGCAAUUUCGUUCUCGUGCUACUUACAGUGGCGGACCUCGUGAAACUAAAACCAGAAUUUGUAAAUUUUCUCUGCUCUUUCAUAUUACGUCAGCUUUUGUAAGUAUUCUUUUCGGUUGAGGACUCUCUGCAUCCAAUUCUAUCAACGCGAUUCAGUUGAGUCGCAUGACGCAACCGCAAAAAAAGAUAAUGGUAUCCUCGUUGACUCAGCAAUUCUUGGAUUGUUUUACUUUUUGUUUUGUUUUUGGUUUAAUUAAAAAGGUUUGCCAGGUUUGCAAAGGUUUUUCUCGUGAAUUAUCUUAAGAACUUGGUGAAGAGCUCAACACAGCAAUUCUUAAAUUGAUUUCAGUUAGUUAGAGCUAGAACUAUGGCUCCAAACAUUGUAGCAGAAUUGUUGGCCUUAUUGACCUAACUCUAGAUCUUCUUUAAUUGAAUUUCGCUGCAGUGAUUUCCCGAGAAUGCUAUGAGUGUCGCAGUUCGUUCUCUUUCCAAGCUUGUGACGCCAGUCGAAGGAGAGUAAGGUGUUUGAGCUCCCAGCAUUGCAUCACAGCAAGCGCCAAAAGAACAUCUGGCAUCAAAGAUGAGGGAUACGUUAAAGGCUGCGCUGCGACCUGCUCAGCAUCAGACAUUCCAAUAUGCAACAAUCCUAACUACAAAUGUGAAGUUAAAUGUUGUUCUUCUGACUACUGCAAUGGAGGGGGAGCCGGAGGAAGAGCCCCAGGGGGAGCCUCGGGGGGAGUCUCGAGUCCCAUGGUCAACAGGAUUCUUCUAAUUGCCACCUUCACUGCCAGCGUUAUGUAUUUGUUCAGCUGUUAA